CACACACAGACAGACAGAGAGAGAGACAGAGACAGAGAGAUGAGCGCAUCGACGACGAGGAAGAAGGUUCAGCGUAAGUGUAAGAUCAGAGGCUACACUCUCAAAGUAGACGCUCUUGAUGAGAUCCUUUCCUUCGUAAGUCGAUUUGAUGCCGCUGAUGAAGAUGAAGCUAUCGAUCUCCUCCUCGAUCAGCUCGAACACGAAUCAUUGAAAUCUACAAUAAUCGACAAAGAACCGGUGCAUCGUGUGGUGAGCCUGCUGUUAGAAGCGGAAGCAGCGGUUGAGGAGAGCUCUGAUGCUGUUGGCAUUGGUUCAGUCUUUCGUGUCGUCGAUGCAUUCUUAGUCCCUAAAUUUCGAUACGACCCUAUCAAAAAGCAAUUCUACGAGCAUACAAACAGCUUACCUAUUCAUGGGGAAGCAUCGGCAAAAGCGGCUCUGUACAGGGACAGAUUUCUGUUGCUGUUCCAGAGGCUCUCUCGUGACCAGCAUUUUGCAAAGCCUGCUUUUGAUUCUGAGUCUUCGUAUUUUGGAAGCUGUGAGAUAUCUCCCAUCCAAUCUCUGGUUGGGCAAACUGGUAGAAGAUGGAUCAUGGGAGUGAUAUCACAGCUGGAGGAUGGGCAUUUUUAUUUAGAAGACCUAACUGCUUCGGUUGAAAUCAAUUUAUCUACUGCUAAGAUAACUACAGGAUUCUUUACAGAGAACACCAUAAUUGUGGCAGAAGGUGAGAUGCUGGUGAGCGGUGUCUUUCAGGUCUUAACAUGUGGAUUCCCCCCAUUGGAGGAUAGAGGCAAGUCACUAAAAUUAAGCGGGGGACAUGACUUUUUUGGAGGUGGCACUUAUACUAAAGAGGAAACUAUCAGACUAGCAGAGAUGGAAAAGAGAGCAGUCAAUGACAUGUUUGUUAUAGUGUCUGAUAUCUGGCUAGACAGUGAAGAGGCUAUGGGAAAGCUGAAGAUUGUCCUGGAUGGUUUUGAGAGUGUGGAAGUGGUCCCUUCCUUGUUUGUUUUCAUGGGAAACUUUUCUUCUCAUCCAUGUAACCUUUCUUUUCAUUCUUACUCAAACCUCCGGUUGCAGUUUGGUAAGCUAGGGGAAACGAUUGCUGCCCAUCCACGGCUAAUAGAGAAAAGUCGAUUUUUGUUCAUCCCAGGUCCUGAUGAUCCAGGUCCUUCAACAGUUCUACCUAGAUGUGCUCUGCCAAAAUAUUUAACUGAGGAACUCCGGAAGCAUGUUCCCAAUGCCAUAUUUUCAAGCAAUCCUUGCAGGAUCAAAUUUUACACUCAAGAGAUUGUAUUUUUCCGCCAGGAUUUGCUGUAUAGAAUGCGCCGAUCAUGUUUAAUGCCACCUUCUAUGGAAGAAACUGAUGAUCCCUUUCAGCAUCUUGUUGCUACCAUAACCCAUCAGAGCCAUCUCUGUCCAUUGCCUCUAACAGUACAACCCAUCAUCUGGAACUAUGAUCACUGCCUAUAUCUUUAUCCCACUCCACAUACGAUAAUUUUGGGAGACAGAAGUGAGCAAAAAGCCUUCAAAUACACAGGAAUCACUUGUUUUAAUACCGGUUCCUUCUCAAUUGACAGCACCUUUGUGGCAUACCGGCCAUGCUCUCAGGAAGUAGAAUUGUCAGCCUUGUAAGCAUCGGAAAAUUUUCCUUCAGUCCAUCGGCCUCUAACCUCGGCAUCACAGCGACAAGUGAUUUAACCAUUCUUCCGCAAGUGAAUGCAGGGCAGUGCAUGGGGCUGGAAAUUUUGUACUCUUAUUUUUUCUGUUUGGAGAAUUGGGACUUUAGCUCCUGUAUUACUUCAUAACUUUAUUACCACCUUGCUAAUCAGUGGCAAUUAUUGUACAGUAGGAACAGUUUAGGGAGGAUACUUAAUGUUUUUUGUGUUCAUUGAGCUGUCAUGAGGCUCCAAUAAACAAUGUUAUUGAUGGAUUACGGGUAAACAGAAGUUAUUUACGCUGUCGUAAA